AUGUCAUCAGCCCUAUCUUACGACCGAGAUCCAACAGAAGGACUCAUCGCCUUCCAUGCUGAGUCGGUGAAGGCAGCCUUUGCUACACGUACCACUCAAGAGCGGCCCACCAUGUCCGAAGUGUCAUCCGGUGACGACGAAGAGGAUAGUACGGACCUACUACAAGCUCUCAUAUCAAGGCAAACCUGUGGCCUCAAGCGGGCUAGCCAAGGGACAUUGAGAUAUAGAGAGUUCAACGAGAUUAGAGAUCGGCAAGAGAGGAAGAGAGGACAGAUUUUUGACUCUAAAGAUGGAGAUCAAAUGGUUUUUCUCGCUUCAAAGCUACUGGAGAAGUUGAUACUUAGAUCAAAGAAAGCUCAUGUGGACGAAGAAGGGACAGAAGUAGUUGAAUACAUGAAGGUGCAGUCAAUCACCAACAUGGCCAAAGAUAUAAUUGAGAUCGUUCCUCGGAUGGAAUGGGGAUUCUUCGUAGAUGAUAGCUUGAUGAAAGGUUUCAGAAGAGGGAUCAAUACCGCAAUAUCCCAUCUAGUCGAAAAAUAUCAACUUCGAUCGGACAUGAAAGAGAAAGUCGCGCUUUUCUGUGAAGAUAUAGGAAUGAUGGUCAGCUCUACGUUGAGGUACUCCAAGCAUGGAGAUGUCGCUUUACAACAUGUCGUCCUGCUCCUGCUCCUGCUCCACACAGGCGGAAGGCCAUCCACCUUCAUGCCCUCCAGUGAUAGCGGUUUCUUCUUCAAAUGGUCCGAUAUCGUAUGGAUCGCUAGAAGAGAUGACAAAGAAGAGAACAUCAUGGGAUGGGAAGUGGUACUUACUCUUAGACACUUCAAGCGAAGUCAAAGAACCUCGAUCCGGUCGCUUAGGCUGUACAUCCGGACGGUCCGAAGGAAACCCAAUCUGAUUUUUGACUUGGGAUGUGCGUUGCUAGCGCACGGUCUACGACAAGGUGUUUUCGGACCAGAAAGAAGCAUAGAAGACAUCUACCAGUCUAGGUUACUUGAACUGUGCGUGGAACCCGAAUUUGCCAAUAGGCCGGUGCUAUUGGGAGGUGGAAGCGGUGGCUUUGGUCUCGAUACCACAGCACCACUCAGGGUGGAAGGAGCGAGCAUCCGAUUCAAGGAGAACCUUGAAGAUUGUGGAUAUCAAGCCGCCGAGAGCGAGAUCCUCGGUAUGUCUUCGGUAAGAAGAGGUACAGCUACCAGAUGGGUCGACAAGUUUGGUAGAAUGGCUACUCGGUUACUGCUUGGGCACGCCCCUGGAUCAUUCACUCUCGAAAAGAACUACGAUGGUACCAUUGAAGGAUUGGAUCUAGUCAAGGCUGUUCUUCGGGCGGAGCUGUCUGAAACGAAUGUAGUAAAUCCGAUCUUAGACAGCCUGCUUUCUGAGGAUCCCAAGCUGAAAUUGUUCACGGAAGGCUUGGCUAUUCUUUCGGAAUGCCUGGUAGAUGGGUCUAGCGAUUGGAUGAGAGUACCACCAUAUAUCGACAUCACGGAUCUCCGUGAAAAUCAGUUAGACGAGAUGCUCGGACGGACUCGUCGAGCUAUUAGAAAUCGGGUUGCGUCGCUGCAUGGGGAGGCUAGGAGACAAGCAAAAAGUAAAGAGGGUAAGAGGCGAAAAGAACUGACGAUCGAUGAUAAGAUCAGAAACGCCAGUAGUUAUAAGAAGGAAGUCGAGGAACUACCGACAGAAUUGAUCCGCGAAUUUGCCAAUUCGUGUCGUGAGGCUUUAUUCGAUGAUGAAGAGGAAGAAUCCUUAGAAGAUGAAGAUGGAGCUGCGGAUGAAGAGUUGCUAGUCUUGGAUGAUAACGAUUUAACGAUGGACGGUAACGGUAGGUUAGAUAUCUCAAUGUCAAACGGUAUCGCUCUCAGUCGGCUCACCUCAGGCUCUUAUGACUCUCCCUCAGAUAAUGAAGGCAUCGUUGAGAGUAACGGAUCUAUCCUGUCGGAUUUCCGGGAUCUGCAAAAAGAUAAAAAAGCUUGGAUAUCAGCUCUGGUAGGCUUGGAAGGCCAUAGACAUCACGCCCGGGACCGAGUAUUAUGUUCCCAAUGCCAAUCCGACGACUAUACUCCAGCUGAAUUCGUUGGUAAAACGUGGUUGCCAUACGAAUUGCGACGACAUGAGAUCAGUUUCCAUGUUCCGGGUGCAGUCACUGGGCGAUGGCUGGAUGCACAUCUAUACCAGAUGGACGGUGAAAACACGGAGAAAUACCAUUGUGCUGUCGAUAGCUGUGAUAAGUCGUAUGUAUCGACCAGAGAACUCCGUAGGCAUAUGAUUCGGGAUCAUACGGAUCAGUUGGGUCAAGACAUACCUGUCCGACACUUCCGAACGAUGAUCCAUCAGGAUCUCGACGCUCCCGAGCCGUAUUGUUCAAUUGCAAGAGAAAGACUGACCAUCCUCGAAUCAUACUUGGCAUCCAACGCGUACGAACAAGGGGAGAGAUUUAUCCGAUCUGCUCAAAAGGUAGACGGGAGAGGACGAUCGAUGAUAGAUUUGGAGAAUAGGCUGCGACGGGAGGCCAUGGCUGGUGUAUUGGAAGAAGAAGAUAUAGAGUUCUAUAAUAUAGGACAACAGUUCGGGUAA